AUGACGCAUUCAAUCAGGACAAAGCAAGCAAUGAUUUUCCUUCGACACCACCUUCAUGAGGGACUGAAAGAGGAAAAUUUAACAGUAAAGGAUCCCCUUGUCCUUUGGAAUAGCCUAAAAGAGAGGUAUGACCACCAGAAGACGGUUAUUCUUCCCAAAGCUCAUUAUGACUAUAUGCACUUACGUUUACAAGAUUAUAAAACACAGCAAUAUUGUGAAAAUGGUUUUAAGAAAUAUUCUAAAUUGAUUUCUUAUCUUCUCGUGGCUGAACAAAAUAAUGAGCUCUUGAUGAAAAAUCAUGAAGCACGUCCAACUGGUUCUGCUUCGUUCCCUGAAGUGAAUUUGACUACGUAUCAACAUCAUAAUCAAACACAAGGCCGUGGUCGUGGUUGUGGCCAUGGGCGCGGACGUGGUCGAGGUCGUUCAGGUCAUUUUGAUAAUUAUGGUGGUUAUUUCAAAAAUCCAUCUCGCCACCUGAAGUGGGAGAGAAAUGAGAAGAAAAUUGGGAAGGAUAAAGGGGACUCAAACAAGGACUAA